AUGUCCAACCCAAUGCAAGCAGCGCUUUUGGUCGACUCCGAUACCAUACAACAAAGUAUAGCCGAGUGGUGUUGCGCUGGUGAAUAUGCUGCAAUUUUUAGUAUUCUGAAAUCUUCAUGCUUUUGGAAGUUGCUCUUGAAUCAUUUGAAGAGAGAUUGCAACUCCGUUUCGUUAUCAUCAAUCGAUAGCAUUUUUGAUGUUAAAUGGCUUCGGCAUGGAAGGCGAAAUUUUUGUAGAUGCUUUGCUGGAUGCUUGCUUCGUCGUAGGCGGCAAUUCAAGAUCGACAGAAUAGUUUGCGAUAUUGAGCCUGACAUAAUGAGUUAG